GAAAAGUCUCACUGGAUUUCAAAGGCCUCGUGCUCUCGUUCUCGCUCCGAUCGAGGGUUUCCAGAUCUCGGUUCCGUUCCUCAUGCUCGAUCCCAAUCCGUGUUUUGAUUCCACAGGUUAUUGGAAAUUUUGGGUUUGGAUUCUGCAGGCAAUGCCCUUGCCCCAGCCUUUUUGGUUUGGAAUCUUGAAAUCAUGGAAUUAGUUGGGCAUUGGUUGAAGGACGAUGGCAGGUGAUAAGGGGAAGAGUGCUAAGAAAGGCGAGGCUUCAUCUUCUGCUGCUCCACCAGAUGGCAGUGGGAAUGAGCUUCAGAGACAACGGCCUCUUCAUGGGAGAACCACCGGUCCAACCCGUCGUUCAACUAAGGGACAGUGGACUGCUGAAGAGGAUGCUAUAUUGUGUAAAGCUGUCCAGCGUUUUAAGGGGAAAAAUUGGAAGAAGAUAGCUGAAUGCUUUGCUGAUAGGACUGAUGUCCAGUGCUUGCAUAGGUGGCAAAAGGUUUUGAAUCCUGAAUUGGUGAAAGGGCCCUGGUCAAAGGAGGAAGAUGAGAAAAUUAUUGAAAUGGUAAAUAAAUUUGGAGCAAAAAAGUGGUCAACCAUAGCACAAGCACUGCCUGGUCGUAUUGGAAAACAAUGCCGUGAGAGGUGGCAUAAUCAUCUCAACCCUGCUAUAAACCGGGAUGCAUGGACUCAAGAAGAAGAGAUAGCCUUGAUCCGUGCUCACCAAAUAUAUGGAAACAAAUGGGCCGAAUUAACCAAAUUUUUGCCGGGCAGGACAGAUAAUGCUAUAAAAAAUCAUUGGAACAGCUCUGUAAAGAAGAAGUUGGACUCCUAUCUGGCAUCUGGUCUUCUUGCACAGUUUCAAGGUCUUCCUCUUGUGGAAAAUUUGCCCAUAUGUGUUUCUUCAGCUGGGAUAAAUCAACAAAACAGUGAAGAUAGUGUCUUUAAAGAUGGUGCAGAUAUUGAAGAAUCUUCUGACUAUACCCAUGGUUCAGUCCUGGUAUGUUCACAAUCUGAUUGUGAAGUAACAAACACAGCAUUACUGUGUGAAGGAUUAAGACUUGGGGAGGAUGUCAACCAAAGGGCGAUGCAAGAUUUUCAAUUGUCUGAAUAUUAUGCUUCUAUUGAGGACUUUACCUGUGUUAUCCCUGAAACACAGAGUAGUCAGAUUAUUGCUUCAAAUGCAAUAGAACAGAACUCACUACAUUGCAUUGGGCAAUCUAAAAGUAAUGUCAACCAAGUAGGACCAGAGGGAUUGCAUAAUGGCUCUUUACAAGAAACUGCCCAAACAUCGCCUGAUGCGGCAAGAAAUUUGGAUUGCUGUGCAGAACAAAGCGUUGAGCAUCAAGGAAGUCAAUCAACAUUGCUUUUUGACUCAGCUGAUUGCAGUGCUGAUAGAUUUCUUGAGACAGAGUUUCAGCAGGACUUUACUACCGGAGUUCCUUUUACAACUUCAAAUCAAUUUCUUGAUUGUUGUACAGCUUCUGCAAAUUCUCAAUCUGUGGCAGACUGUUGUGAGUUUGGUAGUAUUCUUGGUUCACACCCAGUUACUUCAUCAGGCAUGCUGGGAGUUUCAUAUUGUCAAAGUUUGAUGUCUGUAAUUUCGCCAUCUUAUAUUUGUCCAGGUGAUGGGAACCUGGCUCACAGAAGUGACAGCUUUGAGCUUAGAGAGGUUUCUGUCAGUAAUGCAGAUUCAGGGUUCAUUAGUUGCUCAUAUGAUUCCUUUGCUUAUUCCACAUGUUCUGGCUUAUCUCCUGUUGGUAGUUCUAAAUCUAAGGUUUCUGUAUAUAUGGAACAAUGCCCGGAAAGGAGAACACCAAAGUCCAAUAAUGUGUUAUCAGUGGGCUCCACACUUCCAACUGUUAUGGGCAAUGCUAGUUUGUUAAAUGAAAAUGCCAAUGCCAUAACAACUGAGAUCCCAGACUCAGGAGCUUUGUUUUAUGAACCUCCUCGUUUUCCAAGUAUAGAUUUACCAUUUGUUAGCUGUGAUCUUAUCUCAUCUGGUGAUCUUCAACAAGCAUACAGUCCCCUUGGGAUUCGACAACUAAUGAUGUCUUCAAUGAACUGCUCUACACCAUAUAAUCUUUGGGAUUCACCUUCUCAUGAUGACAGCCCUGAUGCUGUUCUGAAGAAUGCUGCCAAAAGCUUCAUAUGCACACCAUCAAUUAUGAAGAAGAGACAAAGAGAGCUAUUAUCCCCAUUGCAGGAAAAGAGAAGUGAUAAGAAAUCUGGGACAGAUAUGAACCGGACUUUAUUCUGUGCAUCCUCAUCAAGUAGGAGUGACUUUUCAUCUACUGAUGUUAGACACAAUGAGAAUGCUACUUGCAGAAUUCCUGUUAAUCAAGUAGAGGCGGGUGCAGGACCUUCAGAUAACAAGACAAAGAGUUCUGAAACUUUAACCAAGGUAGAAGAAAAUUUGGAUGAUGGUCUUAAAGAUACAAAGGAUCAAAUUGAUUCUGCACGCUCCAAAAUUUCAGUUAGAGAUACUGAGGUUAAGAUGGGUCAGUGUGAGAAUGUCAUUGGUUCAUUGGCCAAAGCUGAUUCUGAUGCAAAAGAGAAGAAACCUGCCGGUAUUCUUGUUGAACAUGAUGUCAAUGAUCGACAAUUACUUUCAGCUGAUCAAGGUGGCAAUCCUACGAAAGCACAGAUGGAUGUUGUCGAUGUAUCUUCUAAAAGACAAAACUCUAAAAUCAAGGAGAGUAUGGAAAACACGAGAUCUAAUUGUGAUUUUUUAUCCAAUUCUUCUUCCGUAGUAUUGUCUAGUGUUGGUGAGCACAGGCAGGACGGUUGUCCCAUUGCAGCUAAAACAAUACAUAGUGUCCCAUCCUCAGAACCACGGGGGGUGUUGGUUGAGAAGGCUGCACCAUCCAUUGAACUUGACCUUGACAACUUGAACAUUUUUGUGGACACCCCUGCUAUUAAGAGAAGUUUGGAGUCCCCCUCAGCAUGGAAAUCACCUUGGUUCAUGAACCCUCUUCUUGGUGGACAGAGAAUUGACACAGAUAUAACAUUUGAGGAUUUAAGUUACUUUAUGAGCCCUGGCGAUCGAAGCUAUGAUGCCUAUGGUCUGAUGAGGCAACUAAGUGAGCAUACUGCUGCAGUUGUGGCCGAGGCACAUGAGAUACUUGCAAGUGGAAAGUCAAAGGAAGAUGUUUCUCUUUGCAAGUUAGAGGAGGGAAAUUCCUCAAAAGAAAAUAGUCAAACAAAAGAAAUGGUCAGCCAUACUCUGAAACCGCCGAACAUUAAGCCGGAGGGACGUGUACUGGAUUUCAGCGGAUGCACUACCACCCCUGGAAGGGGGGAGAGCAGCAAAACAAACAGUGCAGGAACCGCGUUGAGCAUCUCAAGUCCAUCCUCCUAUCUCUUAAAACGUUGCCGUUAGCAAUUUGCAGAAAUUUCAUUGAAUAGAAACAGAAAUGUAGGCCAUGCAUAAAACUCUUGCAACUGUCAAGGUAAGUUGCCCUUAUGGAAUUGUAGUGAUUCAAAAGUCAUAUAUCAUCAUUUGUCAAUAUUAUAUGUAAUGUGGAUACAUCGUCCUGCUCACCCUAAGUGGUGUGAUUUCUCUAUUGAUUUAUUAUUGGCUCCAAUUUUUGGUUCAUUCUGUAUUUACUGUUGCAUUUGCUCAAACACUCUCUUGUGACAAACAUCUCAUAGGGACUUAUGAAUGGUCAACAUCCAAAUAGAAGAGUGCUUUGCUAUA